AUGGAGGGAGAGACGUGCUCGCUCGUUUACAAGCUCGAGCAAAAGUACCUGGAUGAUGACGACGCCUACAUGGAUCAAGAUCUUGUGCUCACAAAUUUUACGGGAAGUUCACCAUGUAAAAUGGCGAGUAAACGUGCCCUCGAACUGGUCGUAUUGAAUAAUGCCAAUAUUUCACAUUUGGGUGAUGUUACACAGGUAUCGACGCUCAUGCAGCAUGUUGCCGAAGCUGAUCUUGCCUGGAAUCGUAUUCGAUGGGAUUGUGUGGUGGCUUUGCUCAAACAUCUACCACGGUUACGUACGCUAAAUCUCAGUUAUAACCCAUUGGAUGGUGAGAUUGCCGUCGAUCUGCCACCUGCUCCGCUAUUACACACAUUGAUUUUGAAUGGAACAAAUCUAUCACUGAAUUCAUUGUGGUUAAUUCUAAAAAACACGCCUUUACUACAGGAACUACAUUUAUCAGACAAUAAACUCGAUCUUUCGUCUGACUGUGACAUGUCACCGAUGAAUGAGACCGUGAAGACAAUCCACUUAAACAGGUGUCGCAUUGAUGAUUGGAAUUCAAUUGUCCGUCUGAUGCAUCGAUUUACCAGCCGUAAGACGUUAUUUCUAUGUGAAAACCCUAUAAAGAAGGUGGCACAUCAAACCUCGAACGAUGGACUGACGACACUCGAAUCAUUGAAUCUCGCCAAGACAGAAAUCUCCGAUUGGGAAAGCAUUGACAAUUUGGAUCGGUUGCCAUCAUUGACGGAUUUACGAGUUCUUGCUAUUCCUUUACUGGAAUCGUUAACCGAAGAGGAACGAACCCAUCUGGUCAUUGCCCGAGUUCGUAAUCUUCGUGUACUAAAUGGUUCGAUCAUUACACCCGAGCAACGGGAGCAAUCCGAACGUUACUUCAUACGCUAUUAUCAGGAUCGAGACGAUAAACCGCAUCAUUACAAGCGUCUCAUCGAAAAGCAUGGUCAUGUGGAGCGACUGGCAAAAGUAGAUCUCACGCCAAAAUCGACGGCUCAUGUACAGGUGCUUUGUGAGGAAACCAACUAUCAAGCCAAGCUUCGUAUCAACCUCAACAAGAGUGUCGGACAACUGAUGAAGUAA